AUGGAGGCAAACGCGUCGUUCGCGACUUCAGCAGUCCUUCUACUGUGGCAAACGUGUCUGAACAGUCCACUCACCAGCUACACCAUGGCCACUAUCUCCAGCUAUUUCGGUGCUGCCAGCGGUCGCCGUCCUGAUUCUGACAGAGUUAUUCUUGCUCCAACGUAUAUUAGUCCUCGCCCAAACGACCUCGACAGAAUUCUGAUUGAGCCCGACGAAUUCAAGCUGAAUGGGAAGCAAUAUGUACGCUAUGUUGUUGUGGCAAAGUCCCAAAAGCCAUGCUUGGAAAUCGAUCGUAUAGAUCGAUUUCCAGCUUUGAACGAUCGAUUUAAAUCGAUCGUCACCUUCAGUUGA